AUGUCCGGCAUGGUCAUGGCCGCGUCGGCGCUUGGGGACCGCGCGCUCGGCCGGCAGGUGCACUGCCAGAUCCUGCGGCUCGGGUUCGGGGCGUAUGCCUUCACCGGGAGCCCCCUGGUCGAUAUGUAUGCCAAGAUGGGGCUCAUUGGGGACGCCAAGCGGGUCUUUGAUGAGAUGGAGGGCAAGAAUGUCGUGAUGUAUAAUACCAUGAUCACGGGGCUCCUCCGGUGCAAGAUGGUUGCUGAGGCUAGGGGGGUGUUUGAGGCAAUGGCCGACAGGGACUCCAUCACCUGGACUACUAUGGUUACAGGGCUUACGCAGAAUGGGUUGCAGUCGGAGGCGCUGGAUGUUUUCAGGCGGAUGAGGGCCGAGAGUGUUGGCAUUGAUCAGUACACUUUCGGAAGCAUCCUUACAGCCUGUGGCGCCCUUGCUGCCUCAGAAGAGGGGAAGCAGAUCCAUGCCUACACAAUCAGAACUCUGUACGAUGACAAUAUCUUUGUUGGAAGCGCGCUUGUUGACAUGUACUCAAAGUGCAGGAACAUCAGACUGGCAGAAGCCGUUUUCAGAAGGAUGACCUGCAAAAACAUCAUCUCAUGGACCGCAAUGAUUGUUGGCUAUGGACAGAAUGGGUGCGGCGAGGAGGCUGUGAGGGUGUUCUCGGAGAUGCAGAGGGAUGGUAUUAAGCCUGAUGAUUUCACUCUCGGCAGUGUUAUAAGUUCUUGUGCUAAUCUAGCAAGCCUGGAAGAGGGAGCACAGUUCCACUGUAUGGCGCUCGUCUCAGGGUUGAGGCCGUACAUUACAGUGUCUAAUGCACUCGUUACCUUGUACGGAAAGUGUGGCAGUAUCGAGGACGCACACCGCUUGUUUGAUGAGAUGCCGUUUCAUGAUCAAGUCUCCUGGACUGCCCUUGUCUCAGGUUAUGCGCAGUUUGGGAAAGCAAAAGAAACUAUGGAUUUGUUUGAGAAGAUGUUAUUGAAGGGUGUGAAGCCUGACGGGGUAACAUUUAUUGGUGUCCUUUCUGCUUGCAGCCGUUCAGGGCUUGUGGAGAAAGGCCGCAGCUACUUUCAUUCCAUGCAGAAGGACCAUGGUAUUGUGCCCUUGGACGAUCACUAUACUUGUAUGAUUGAUCUUUAUAGCAGAUCAGGGAGGUUAAAAGAAGCUGGGGAGUUCAUAAGGCAGAUGCCACGGUGUCCUGAUGCAAUUGGAUGGGCAACAUUGCUUAGUGCAUGCCGGUUGCAUGGUGACAUGGAGAUUGGGAAAUGGGCUGCUGAGAAUCUCUUGAAAACUGACCCUCAAAACCCAGCGAGCUAUGUCUUGCUGUGCAGCAUGCAUGCUUCUAAAGGUGAAUGGAGCGAGGUUGCCCAGCUUAGGCGUGGAAUGAGGGAUAGGCAAGUGAAGAAGGAACCAGGCUGCAGCUGGAUCAAGUAUAAAAAUAAAGUUCACAUAUUUUCAGCCGACGAUCAGUCUCACCCCUUCUCCGGAACAAUUUAUGAAAAGCUCCAGUGGCUCAACUCUAAGAUGGUGGAAGAAGGAUACAAGCCUGAUGUCAGUUCUGUGCUGCAUGAUGUGGCAGAUGCUGAGAAGGUUCACAUGCUCAGCAAUCAUAGCGAGAAGCUUGCAAUUGCCUUUGGCUUAAUUUUUGUUCCAGAGGAAAUGCCGAUCCGGGUUGUCAAGAAUCUGCGUGUUUGUGUGGAUUGCCACAAUGCUACCAAGUUCAUCUCGAAGAUAACCGGUCGUGAUAUUCUUGUGAGGGAUGCUGUCAGAUUUCACAAGUUUAGCAAUGGCAUUUGCUCAUGUGGGGACUUCUGUACGAACAAAUCACGUUCCCUGCAGACAAAGGGAGAAUCUGCAUUUGCUAACAGCAGUAUGCAGUUUGGUAUAAGGAUUGUGCAUGACUUCUAUAUCCUUAUUGACUCUUGUGUACCAAAGUGGAAGGUGCCUGGUUGCCAUAUGGGUACUUGA